AUGGCGGACCAAAAGGAAACACCGGACCUUUUUAGUGAAGCUUAUGCCAAAUCUCAGGAUGAGCAAGAUCCGCUAUCCUCAUUUCGAGACCAAUUCAUCAUCCCAACAAUUUCCGAUCUACACGCAAAGACUCUCAAACCAUCAUCCCAAGACCAACCUCAAUCAUGCACAUAUCUCUGCGGAAACUCUCUCGGUCUACAGCCCCGUCUAACAUCCAAAUAUCAGCAAGACUAUCUUCAAACCUGGGCAACGAAAGGUGUCUAUGGUCACUUUACGGAAAUUGAAGACUCGAAUCUGGCUCCUUGGCUGCAUGUUGACGAUGAUGUGAUUGGUGAUGUUUGUGAAAUUGUGGGAGCAAAGAAGAACGAGGUGGCUGUGAUGCAGACGUUGACUGCGAACCUGCAUCUUGCCAUGGCUAGUUUCUAUCGGCCUACGGAGAAGAGGUGGAAGAUCAUCAUCGAAGGAAAAGCCUUUCCAAGUGAUCAUUACGCAGUAGAAUCGCAGCUCUUGCAUCACAACAAGGACCCCUCGACAUCCAUGAUUCUUCUCGAGCCUACAGAUCCCGACAACCCUAUCCUCACCACGCAGCAUAUCCUCGCCACGACUGAUGAGCACGCAUCUUCAACAGCUCUUCUCCUGCUCCCAGGAAUUCAAUUUUACACUGGCCAAUUCUUUGACAUUGCCACUAUCACCGCUCACGCACAGAAACACGGUAUCUUGGUGGGUUGGGACCUCGCCCACGCAGCAGGAAACCUUCCUCUCAAGUUGCACGACUGGAAUGUAGAUUUUGCCGCUUGGUGCAGCUACAAGUACUUGAACUGCGGGCCUGGCAGUAUUGGUGGCCUCUUCGUACAUGAGAAGCACUGUGCUGUUUCUGCUACUGCUGAGAAAGGCAAACCAGGAUAUACACGCCGUCUCAGUGGAUGGUGGGGAAGUAACAAAUCCUCUCGCUUCGCCAUGGAAAAUGUCUUUACGCCCAUCGCUGGAGCCGGUGGCUGGCAGCUUUCAAACCCUUCGGUGGCCGAUAUGACUGCCCUCCGCGCCUCCCUCGAUAUCUUCAACAAAACCUCCAUGAUUGCAUUACGCAAAAAAUCCCUCGCACUUACCGGAUACCUCGAAACUCUACUUCAACAACUCGACAUGGAGAAAACCUUUAGCAUCAUCACACCCUCCGAUCCAGAGCAAAGAGGUGCACAAUUAUCACUAAGACUGGCUUCAGGAUUACUAGAUCACGUCAUGGCAGUUCUGGAACAAAAGGGUGUUGUGGUGGAUGAGAGAAGACCGGAUGUCAUUCGUGUGGCUCCUGCUCCAUUGUACAAUUCUUGGACGGAUGUUCUCAGAUUUGUUCGAGUGUUCAAGGAAGCUUGUGAUGAAGCCUCGAGCCAAAAGGAAGGAAGCACAGAGACCUCGAUUAUGGUGGAGGGCGGCAAGGAGGAUAAAGGAUGGAGUGAGAUUAAAUAA